AUGGCACACCAGACCUCUGCCCAAGCAAGCAAUGCACAGUCAGCAUUGCCGGGGCCAACAGUUCAGCAGAAGGCAACAGGAGUUGACUGUCAGCAUAUCGUGAUGUUAGGAAAUGAGACAAGAAUAACAGAAGUCAUCCUUCUGGGAUUUAGAGAAUUGGCUGACUUUCAGAUUCUUCUUUUCCUGACGUUUUUAGUGAUUUACAUUGUGGCCAUGAGUGGAAACAUUCUUAUCUUCGAUCACAUUGGGAAACAGCUGCUGGACAUUUUUGAUCCCGCGUCAUCAGAGGAUGAUGGGGGCAGCAUUUUCUGUGGGCACAUAUUCCACAGGUUGCGCAUGGGACUUGAUUAUUUACAUAUGAUGAUGUCGGGAAAUGAGACAAGGAUAACAGAAUUCAUCCUUCUGGGACUUGGAGAACUUUAUGGCAUGCAGAUCCCUCUUUUCCUGAUAUUUCUAGUGAUUUACAUUGUGACUCUAACUGGAAACCUUCUCAUAUUCGGGCUAGUUUUGUUCGAUCGGCACCUUCAUACUCCCAUGUACUUCUUCUUGGGGAACCUCUCCUUCAUGGAUGUCUGUUAUAGCACCACUAUAUUUCCGAAGAUGCUUUCAGCUCUCCUGACUGGGGACAAACUGAUUUCCUUCAGCAGCUGCCUCACUCAGUGGUAUCUCUGUGAUUCUUUGAUAGCAACAGAAUGUUGCUUGCUCUGCAUGAUGUCUUAUGACAGGUAUCUCGCAGUCUGCAAACCAUUACAUUAUGAAACUGUCAUGAAGACCCAGACUUGCAUCCAAUUAGCAGUUGCAUCCUGGAUCAAUGGAUUUUUAGCUUUUUUUAUAUUAUUCCUUUUGCUGUUGCGGUUAUCAUUUUGUGGCCCCAAUGAAAUGGAUCAUUAUUUUUGUGACUACUACCCACUCCUAAAACUCACUUGCAGCGACACAACCUUGACAGAAAUCAUGGGCUUUGUUGUGGCUGUCCUGUUUACACUUUGUCCUUUUCUUCUAACCUUGACAUCCUACAUAUAUAUUUUAGUGGCGGUGUUGAAAAUUCCUUCUGUGUGUGGCAGACAAAAGGCCUUUUUGACCUGCUCAUCUCACUUGCUAGUGGUUUGUAUUUUCUAUGGGUCUCUAGUGAUGGUAUAUAUGUUGCCAAAGACUGAAGGAAAGCGAGAUCUGCAGAAAUUUUCCUCUCUCCUCUAUGUAGUGUUGCCUCCUCUGAUCAACCCAUUCAUAUACAGCCUGAGAAACAAAGAAGUCAAAGAAGCUUUAAGAAAUAUGAUUGGGAAGAUUGUGCCAUAA